GUCACGGGCGUAGCUGGAUGCUGGAUCGUCUCUCUCUCUCGCGCGCGCGCGUGCCGCAGGGAGGCGCUUCCUUUUCUUCUUCCUCUUCCUCCUAAUCACGUCUCGCGUCGCCCUCGCCAUCGGCGACGUCGCCGUUGCUUGUCGUCAUCAUCAUCAUCACCACCGUCGUCGUCGUCGUCCCCGAUCGCGGCGUCGUCGCGCACAUUGACACGGCCCGAUCGUCGCCCCCGUGAUCUAGGAGAAGGUGCCGUAGAAAAGGGAGGCCGACGACGAAAGGAUUUUUCCUGCCGGCGUGACCGUGGAGGAGGGGGGGAGAGAGAGAGAGAGACAGGCAGACAGAUAGAGAUAGACCGAGAUAGAGAGAAGGAGGGAGAGAGAAAGAGAGAGAGAGAGAGAAACGGACAGGUGGACCAAGACAGGAAAGGGGAGAAAGGUAGACGGAAGGAACGAAGGGAUAUAGAACAAGAUAGAGACCGACCGACCGACCGGCCGCGGCGGAGGGAGGUGUUGCUCAAGAAGUGCUCUGUGUAUGGUGCAGUGCGGUGCUGUGCUCGAGAGAGAGAAUGGCGUGGACGGAUUUCGCGUGUAUCUCGCCGUGACGUGGGAAGUCAGCUCUGAAAGCGUGUGUUGCUAAGCUGAGGAAUGGAGGGAACGUGGCAGUGGGAGCAGCGAAAGCACUGCCAUAUCAUUCUGCUCAACUCUUCGUCGUACCUAAAGGAGAACCCGGAACAGGUUGCAGCUUUGAUAGGACAAGGAGACGCGACAGUUUCAGAUGAACGAAAACGGCUGCACGAUUGCUACGGCAAGGAAGCAGAUAUCCUGAAGACAAGGGACCGCGUGCCAAGUCUGUAGCGUUCGGUAAGGAAGAGAGGGGCCCCCGUCAAGUAUCACUUUGGAAGGAGAAGAGAGAAGGGGGUCGUCAUGGGCCCGGCAACCCAAAUCGUAUCUCACUGAGCGAUGCAAGUAAUUAGGGCCGGGGCCCUGCUAGUGAGCAUGUGGCUCACUAGAGAAUGAAGAAGCAAAACGUCCGGACUUUAUCAUUAAUCGUCUUCACGCUUACCUAUCUCCUCGUCGGUGCUGCAAUCUUCGACGUGCUCGAGUCCGAGACGGAGAAAUUACGCAAAGAAGCGUUAGAUGACGUUGAGAAAAUGGUCAUAAAAAAAUACAAUAUAAGCGAGGACGACUUCAAGAUCAUGGAAACAGUGGUGCUGAAGACGGAACCUCACAAAGCUGGCCAACAGUGGAAGUUCGCCGGCGCGUUUUAUUACGCCACAACGGUCCUCACCACGAUAGGUUACGGACACUCGACGCCGAACACCAUAUACGGCAAAUUGUUCACGAUGUGCUACGCGAUCAUCGGUAUCCCAUUAGGACUCGUAAUGUUCCAGAGUAUAGGAGAACGUUUGAAUAAGUUCUCGUCUGUCGUAAUACGGGGCGUAAAGACGCUUCUAAACUGUAGGGACGUCCAGGCCUCGGAGAUCAAUCUCAUCUGCGUGGUAACGACGUUGUCGUGCCUGACUAUCGCCGGCGGAGCCGCCGCGUUCUCCAGGUACGAGGGGUGGUCCUACUUCGAUUCCAUUUACUAUUGCUUCAUCACCUUGACGACAAUCGGUUUCGGCGACAUGGUCGCGCUGCAGAAGGACAACGCGCUCAACAAUAAGCCAGAAUACGUGAUGUUUGCCCUAAUAUUUAUUCUCUUCGGCUUGGCGAUUGUGGCGGCCUCGCUUAAUUUGCUGGUUUUGAGAUUUGUGACUAUGAACACGGAGGAUGAAAGACGAGACGAAGCCGAAGCGUUACAGGCGGCCCAGGGCGCGGUGCGUCUCGAGGGCGACGUGAUAACAGCGAACGGCUCGAUACUGUCCGGCCAGAUCGGCAAUCACGGCAACGCGAUGUCGUUCGACGACGAGGCGUCGGUGUGCAGUUGCCGCUGCAGCGGCUUCCAGAGGAAACGGCGGAGACCGCGUUUCACGGUGCGCCGCUCGCCGGGCAAGAUCUCGCACUUGCUGCCGAUGCAACAGCUGUCGGCGUCGUCGAGUGUGCGGGGUGGCGAUUCGCGGCCGCUGCCGCUCACCCCGUUGCUGUCGUUCCCGCUGUAUCAGCAUCGCGCCAGCAUUUGACGUUGCUCCGCUGCGAGAAGUGUGACACUUCUCGACGAGCAGCAGCAUUACUACCACGAGCAGCCGCGACGGGUGUCCGUCUGAGGGGAGCGUGUGCCUCUGCCCGGCAGCCGGCGACUUCAACGAAUUUCAAUCGUCGUCGAGACGCUAUCAUCACCGCCACGAGUUCUCUUUUUCUCGCUCUUUCUCUCUCUCUUUCUCUCUCUCUCUUUCUCCUUUUCUCUCUCUUUCUCUCUCUCUCUUUCUCUCUUUUUUGCGUUCAACUCUCGUCGAGCGCGAGUAAGAUUUCGUAUAGAUAGUCGAGAGAUUGGGAUCGAUUAGAUAUUGGAUCGCUGGAACUGUUUAAUCCGGAUUGUGACACCGGGAUAACGACGGCGCCGGAUGCUUCUCCUCAACGAAAACGUUUUGUCGUUUCGCGACGCGCGAACCCGCGCGGUAUGUAUAAUUCUUCCAUUCGCGACACGCCGCUAUCGUCCGAGUUUAAUUCACAUUCGUGUAAUCGAGAGUAUUAAAAUACUCGAUGUGCGAUGAAUGAAUUUCUGAUGUGUCUGUGCCACCAUUGAGUAAGGCGUGAGAAUUUCGACGAGUGAGAAAGCGAGAAUUGGCGCUCAAGAUGCCGAGACGAAGCUUUCCGUUCUGGCGCUCUAGAUAAAUGGCUGUGUCAUUCGCCGGCAUCACUAAGUGCGACGUGCGAUGAGAUUCUAUAUGUGUGAUAGCUCUGCAGCGAUGUAGAUUUACUUUUAGUCCGUAACUAACAAUGAGUUACCUUUGAUCCUUCGUAGCCGAAAUUAUAUUUUCCUCGAGAAAGAAUAUUACAUGUGUAAGGAUAUUUACUGGAAUAACGUGUCUAUCCUAAAAAUUAGUACAGGUUCUCGCAUCUCCUUUUACAUUUACAAUUUUAUUCGCCAAUUCGAGAUUAAUCUUUUCUCGAUAAAAAUUUAAUCGCAUAUUCUACGAAUCUCAAGUACAUAUAUAACUAUAUAUAUACUAGAGUCACAUUUCAGACAUCUACUACGGCUUGGAAUGAGCAGUAUAAUCUUUGCGCUCGCUUUCUAAUAUUCUCAUACUAGUCCGCCUCUUUAAAAUAUAUAAUAGACCGAGAAAUGUGGAAUCACACGUCGCAGGUGCGAUUACGCGGUGAACUGACCUUGAAAAGACAUGCAUGUACAAAAGGCUGUGCAGGGAUAAUUAUGUAUCUUGCAACCGAGGAAUUCGUGAAGACACGUGAAAAAUGUUCGCGUGGGAAGGACGAAAGGGAUCGAAUGCGAAGGGGUGCGAAUGUCGGUGAGCGAAAUCGCGAGUGAGUGCGAGCGAGUGUGCAUGGAAGUGUCGUCUGUGUGCAAGGAUGUAAGAACGCGUGAAAAGAAGAAAAUAUGAAUGUCACAUGUAUACACCUUACAUUCACGUUUUCGUGGGAGAGAGAGAAAAAUAUAAAUACACACCAAAGAAAGAGAUAUACACAGACCGACACGACUUUUUCAUUAAGAAGACAUUUUACAAUUUGUAUAUAAUAUAAAGUAUGAAAAGAAAGCAAACUACGACUUUAGGUAUACGAUACACGAGGCGUUCCGAUCUUACAGAGAUAUAUAAUGUGUAUAAUACAUACUUGUAAGAUACGUCACGAUUAUUAUCAAGCGAGUUUGCGAGUACGUGAUAUAAAUAUAUAUAUAAUAUAAAUAUAUCUCCCAAAAUUUCGACUUUCCAUCUAUUUAUUAUUUAAGUGCAGAUCGAGAUUAUCGAGAUGGCCAUGGCCGCAGAUGGUCAUAGAUUUCUAGAGUUCAGUAGGUUGCCGUAGGUCUCCUGAAAUACACAAACGGGCGCCGACAUGAUUGCGGACAGAAAGACAGGUGUACGCGCGGAGGAAAAAAAUUUUACGCGAAUUCGUUCCCCCGCCCCCCGAAUUUGAUCGUUUAUAGUCUAUCUACGAAGAGUCAAUCCAUCGAAACACGAGACAAGUACGUAUUCCCGGUAGAUGCGUUAUCAUACUAUAGGAUGAACACGAGCGGAACAAUUCUCUUGCCUUUUAUCGAGAAGUAGAAUCUACUCGGAUAUUUUUAAGACGUAUACUGGAUUGCACGUGUGCGAGUAGACAUACGUAGAAGACGUUUCUUUAUCCGAUCGGAUGGUACGUACACAGGAAAAACGCCGACCGGUACGGCAGUUCUUUCGUGGGAAUGUCUUGUUAUUUAAGUCAUAACAUUCAUGCGACGCGUUUUCAUUACGGUACAUAAUCAGGAUUUUCCAAAAGCCAAAUACUUUUCAAUCACACGUCAACAAUUCGAAGAUAACUGAUGUUCAUCGUGACCAAAUGUAAUUUAUAAUGCUGUACAUACGACCAUUUCAGAUUAACGAAAGGCUGCGGCGCGCGAUCUUAUCCGUAGUUUCACAUUUUCUGAAUAAUGUACGCGUAUACGUGUUAGAUGCUUGUUUAAACUUAACGUAAAACUUGGAAAAACAUUUUCCUUUAUGAAAACAAACGUGAUUAUGACGAAACAGCCGUACUUGUCGACCGUUUAUCAGUUACACCAUUUCACUUACAAAUAUCUUACUCUACGAAAAAAAAAAAAUGAAGAUAAGAACUGCUAGAACUUAUUCCCGUUCAUUACCAUUAAUUACGGCGAAUUAAAUCUGUAAUAUAUUAUAGAUAGUAACAAAAAAAAAGUAACGCGAUCGCGUAGGUCGUACAAGAUUUUUAUGAGAUAAGGAGAGUAAAUAAAAGAAGACAAACUUAACGAAGAUAAACUAAGUGAACGCGUAAUAGCCAUGCAUCUUGUAUUAAUCGAUAGUUGAUGUAACGUUUAUUUUACUCGCAUCCUAUUUGACGCAUCAUUUCAACUCGUUUGAGCUAAAUAACAGUAUAACGUUCACGAGCCUUUUCGAGACGACAGGUAAUUUGACUGUUUGAAACGAUUGUCGUUACCCAUUUGUUCUUAAACUCCGUAGUUCAUUAUCUAGUUCAUUAUCGAAUUUUGCUAGAGUCUUCAACGUAACGUAAAUAAAAUUUUGAAUAAUCGGAUAUACAAUUUUUUUAAUUCUCAGGUGAACGUCAUAGCGUCUUAAGAUAAUACAAGGAUUAUAUAUACACUUUCAUAUAAUAUUUUGUAUUUAUUGUAACGUUCUAUGAAAAAAAAAAAAUAAUUGAGCUUAUAAUAUCGAGGCUAUAGAAUUAGCUGGGAAAAAAAGACGAUUUCUCGUUUGCUUUCGAUCUCAAAUUAUUAAGUAGGCGACGUAAAACUUAUCGUCAGGAUGCAAAAUAUAUAACUUAAUUUAAGGAUAGAAACAACACACGAUUUCAUUUGUAAUAUUUCACAAUCACGUGAUUGAUCUAGUAUAUCUUGAUAAUCUACAAAGUUAUUUCUCUCGAGAUGUGCUUGCCGAAAGUUUGACGUCUAAAAUAAUAUGAUUUCGCUGCUAAGAAUGUUUCCUAUACGACGGCUAUCCAUCUAAACGUUUCGCGAAACAGCAAACAUUGAAUGGAAUGUGUUCACACCGAUUUAGCUAAAAUGCAGAAUGAAAUGAUGUAUUGUGAAUGCAACGUUCGAAAGGAA